AGAAACUCUCUCAUUCUUAAACCCCUCGUCAGCCUCCCCUGAGUGCGAGUUUGAGCAGCAAUGGCGAGCCCAGAAGAAGUGAAACUCGAACGGUUCCUCCAGUGGUUACAGUUGAACAGAGUGGAACUACGUGGUUGCAACAUCAAGUACUGUGAUUCGAAUAAAGGGUUUGGUCUCUUUUCAUCUAAUGAUGUUUCGGAUGGGAUUCUACUAGUUGUUCCACUAGAUUUAGCUAUCACUCCUAUGAGGGUGCUGCAAGAUCCUUUAUUGGGACCUGAUUGUAGAGCAAUGUUUGAGGAAGGCGAAGUAGACGACAGGUUCUUGAUGAUUUUGUUUCUGAUGGUGGAACGUCGGCGGAAGAAUUCUUCAUGGAAGCCGUAUCUUGAUAUGCUUCCAAUCACAUUUGGAAAUCCACUUUGGUUUUCUGACGACGAGCUUUUAGAGCUGAAAGGGACCUCGUUGUAUCGUGCUACAGAGUUGCAGAAGAAAAAUUUGCAGUCCCUUUAUGAUGAUAAAGUGAAGAAGUUGGCGGAAAAGCUUUUGACUCUUGGUGGGAAUUCAGACAGUGAAGUGUGUUUCGAAGACUUUCUUUGGGCAAAUUCCAUAUUUUGGACACGAGCUCUGAAUAUUCCUCUUCCACAUUCUUAUGUAUUUCCACAAGUUUCAGUGGAGCAAGAUAGCACUUUUUCAAGCACCAGAAAACCUUGGGCCUCUUCCGAUGUUAAUUCCGGUGAAGAAUUGGCCAACGAAGAGGGUGGAAGAAGAUUUGAGGUUGAUGGGGUUGAAAGUCAAGUUUCAGGAAUCGCAUCAACUUCACAAAAAGGAGAGACUGUAUGGGUAGAGGGGCUUGUCCCUGGCAUUGAUUUUUGCAACCAUGAUUUAAAGGCUGUAGCAACGUGGGAAGUUGAUGGAACGGGAUCAACAACUGGAGUAUCUUUCUCUAUGUACCUUCUUUCUGCUGAACAAAGUCCCUUCCAAAUCGAGAAAGAGAUAUUCAUCAGUUAUGGUAACAAAGGAAAUGAGGAACUGCUGUACCUAUAUGGAUUUGUCAUGAACAACAACCCAGAUGACUAUCUCAUGGUUCAUUACCCAAUAGAGGCUAUCCAGGGUAUCCCUUUUUCUGACUCCAAAUUUCAGAUUCUUGAAGCACAGAAAGCUGAGUUAAGGUGUCUUUUACCAAGAAGUUUGCUAGAUCAUGGCUUUUUUCCAGCAUGCACACUGCAAACCAAAAGCAACAAUAAGUGCACAGAGCCUCGAGUUUGCAACUAUAGUUGGUGCGGUCAGCGCAAGACACCCUCCUACUUGAAUAAUCUUGUUUUUCCUGAGGAUUUCUUGACUGCCUUGAGGACAAUAGCCAUGCAGGAAGAUGAGCUUUGUCAGGUUUCAUCAUUACUCGAAGAGCUUACUGGUUCUGGAGGGGAGAGGCAACCAUCUGAUUCAGAAGUUCGAGCAGCAACAUGGGAGGCAUGCGGGGAUUCUGGAGCUCUGCAACUUCUUGUCGAUCUUCUUAACAUGAAGUGGAACUCUUUUGCUUUAUCUUUUGAUGGAUUUGAUGAUGAAGUAAAUGUUGUGGGGUAGAGACCUUUCUUAUUCCUCUCUUGGGUGGAACUCUUUGCUUUAUCUUUUGAUGGAUUUGAUGAUGAAGUAUUGGUUCCAUCUGAUGAGCAGCAUCUUGGGACUCUUUGUUUCCUUCAUAGAUGAUAACUUCCAAAGCCCACAAAUCUGAACCAAAUUCCCUAGAACUCUGUUCGGACCUUCUAUCCGGGCAGUAGAAUUAGAAUGGUCAAUUUUGCUGCACUGGUAGUAGAAAUUCAAUAGUCUCUCAUACUUUAGACUUAUCCAAACAUCAUCUAGGCCUUCACGCAUCAGUUAGAAGUCCUUCAGAGGGGGCUUUGUAAUGUCAAUUGCCCAAUGGACCCUUAAAAUAGCUCCAUUUGAUGUUUGGUUCAGACUCCAAAUCUUCCAGCUCCGUAGGUUCUCCCACUAUUUGCCCGAUUCUCCAUGAGGUUUUUUUGGUCAUCACAUCGAAAGGGAGUCCCCAUAUUUGAACCUAGAAUUCAGUGGUGGUGAAUUCAUAGCCCCGGGCUGUAGAUAGAGUGGAGCAUUACUUUAAGACCAUUAGAGACCCAUUACUGACCAUGGUCCUUCGGAAAGGAUCCUAUCUCUGUCUUCUUCCAUUUUAAGCAUAACCAGAUAUGUGUUUCUCUCCCAGUAGGAUAUGGAGAAGCCAUCCCCUGUUUUCCAAGUGCCCAUUAGAACAUUACAUACUUCUUGCUUACUCAGAGCAGUCUCAAAGAUGAUUUUUCCCAUUAAACCGUAUUGUUGGACUUCCUUUGUGGUUGAGGGGUUACACAAAAGGGAGAUUCUAGAGUGGUUAUCUUUUGAGAAUUUUGUUCCUGAUCCCCAUAGUCUCAAGUCUAAGGUGGCUGGUAUGGUAGCUGAAAGGU